GUCUGCCAUGACCUUUUAAAGCCAGAUAGUGACCUGGUGGAGCGCGCGCGCCAAGUUCUCGACUGCUCUGACCAUUUUCCCAAACUGGACACGGACAGCCACAAACGAGCGCGGGAGGGCGAGGAGGCUACUGAAGAAGAGGACGGCACAGCAUCCAAAUCCGCGGCAAAAAGGGCGAAAACGAACAACCAGCACAGGGGCGGCCACUCGGUUCCGAGUCUUGACGCGGAUGAAGCACUUGGCGACGGCGCGGCAAGUGUUUCGGAUGAUAGCACUGCUGAAGACUUUGGCCUGGAUUUUGGCGAAGAUCAAGACGACGACCUACUAGCAGAUGCAGACGCAGAAGCGCGAAAGACCGACGACGCGGAGGAUCAGCUUGCUGUAGAAUUGGCUGUAGAUGAUCAUGAUCGCCAUGCACGGAGUGAAAAUGCAAGAAGUGCAGCCGGAUGGUGUAGCGCUAGUACUAGCAGUGGGCUGCCGAGCUCCUCUUCAUCGUCAAGCACGACAAGGAGCACAGCCUUUCCAAGUUCUGCGGAAAUUCAAGCAGUAGUGAGUCUUUAUCUGCGGCUGAAGCAGGCAGGAAGAGCUGGGGGCGCGACGCUCUUAUCACUAUUGCAAGUGCGAACGCGGCAGGCGUUGGGAUACAAAGACCUCCAAAAGCCGCAAAACCAGGGAUACACCACAGGGGCAAUCUGUGCUGAUAUGGAGGAGAAAAGGGCGCACAAUGAAAGCCUUGCCGCCUUGGUGUAUGUCGAAGCCUACACGAAUAUGCUCGAGAAUCGACGCCGGGGCCGCAAUGUCACGAAAUCACUGGCAAAAUCUGUUGCGCCCCUCCUUCGAAUCCCUGACGAUCUUUUUCUUCUUACGGCUUACGUUGGAUCAUCUUGAGAAGCAUCUUCGAAGUUUGUUGUUAGGGAAAAAGACUACCAAGAAGAUGCCGCUCGAGAUGAGUUGGGGCAAUGGCUAAUCUUCGUGAGGUCUGUGCAAUCAAGGCGCGCGCCUGUUUCGCAGACAGCAACUCUUGUGGUCUGGGCUCUUCAUCUACUACCAUUUCUUCAUCUGCCGCUGCGGGCUCUGUUUCUAGUGCGUGUUUGUCCAGUAAAGCAUCACUUUCGACAACACAGCUACAGCAUAGAGCGCCACCACGUCGCAAAAACCAAGCAGAGCGCGCAAUGUUGCGCAUCACAGACCUCCGCUUCUCGCAGAAGGCCAUUUCUUCAACUUUUGCAGACGGCAGACCGCUCGCGGAUACCAUAGAGCAACUCUGCGACGGGCGGGUAGAUUUGUUUGAGCUGCCGCCAAUCAUCGUGCACGAGCAUGAAGGGCGCCUGUACUGUUCUGCGAAUCGUCGCCUCCACUGUUUGAGGGAGUGGCAGCGGCGCACUACUAGCGGCACAGGGACGAACACUGGUAGCUCUGUUUUGGAGGUCCCCGCGUGGUUGUACACAAAGGGAGUUGGGUUCCAAAGAUAUCCGUUACACUUUGAAAGGUUGCAAGAACUGUGGAGUUUGGGAUUGGAUGGAAAGAGUAUCGAAGUUCGGAGCAAGCGGAACUGAGUCAGUGUUGGCUCUAAGCUUGAAAUAUCUUGACGCAGACACGAUGGAUCUCGAAGAGAGUGAAAAAGUGACAUCUUUGGAAAUUCUUUACAGAGAGCUCCCUCUUUGAAGAUAUUUUACUCUUUUCGUUCAACAUCUUAUUCACGCUUUAUUUUUGGUCCCCUCUGCACAAUUAUUUGACUCGAGAUUCCGCACCGAUAAUCUUAUAUCUAUCCUGUCAUAUUAGUUCCCCGGCGUGGUCCCGAUCAAUCAAUCCCUGAGUCAGACAUAUGAUCCCGCCUUCUGAGAUGUCUGAUCCCUUGACGCAUGUGUACAACGAUAGAGAUAGACCGACAACCCUGAACGAUAAGCACGCGCUCUACACCUUCCUAUAAAGCAAACAAUACGACAAGGAUUGCGCCAGUGUGUGGGUCUGGCACUUUGGGUGCUGUCACAAGAAGGAUGUCGUCGAAGGGCAUCCCUCAUAUCGCCGAAAAACAAGAGCAAAGAAAGUGAAUCGAAUUAGCGAAGUGCUCUUUUUUCAACAUGAUGUAGCUAACGCGAUGCCU